UGAAGCGUGUUGUAAAUGAAGACACACUGCUGGCAUUCAACUUCUUGCUCAAGACUUAAUGACAGUUCAGGACUGAUACCCUACCGUCAAAAAGAGACUGUAGCCCAUAAGCCGCUAACUACAGCUGUGAAUCGAUGGUAUACUAGUGCUUGUCCUCUCAUUGGAAUAGACUACCAGGGAAAUAUCAAGGAAAUCCACGUCAACAAUCGUUCAAUGUCACCUCCAGAAAUUGCCGAAGAUAAAAUUACAAGUUUUUAUGAAGCAUACCAGUUGUUCUGUAAGAAGAUGGAAGAACCAGAAUCCCAGAUGAAGUUUUACCUAAAAGAAGGAGACUAUGUCGCCUUCAACAACCGCCGAGUGUUACAUGGAAGAACUGCUUUUGAUGCCACCCGUGUGAACAGAUAUCUGAAGGGAUGUUAUACCGAUUUUGAUGAAAUCCUUACAUGUUAUGAUAAGAUAACGUACAUGGAACAAGGAACAAUAAAAUCACCUUGAUAAGUGUACUACAGCAAAGAAAAACUGGAUGUGUCGUUGUUAUUCAUCAUAUAAAAGGAAAAUAUUUUGAACUUUUAUUAAUUUUCAGCGUGAUUUCUUGCUUUAUCUGUGACUCUGUUAUAAAUAGUUGUUAAAUUUUGAAGUUUUUUUAUAAAACA